CGGAUAUUCCCCAUCCUCACGUACAUAAAUACCCCAUCCCUCAGCGCCCAUACUCUCCCCCCUACUGUGUCACUCUCUCUCUCUCUCUCUCUCUCCCUCCGCCCCUCCGCAUACCGCCGUGUCAGCCAGCAGAAUCUCGACACAUCUAGGGUUCCGUCGAUCUCAUACAACCAUGGGGUCCACGUUAAUGUCAGAUCUGGCGACGGAGAUUCUUAUUCCGCUGUGCGCGGUGGUCGGAAUCGUGUUCUCGCUCGUCCAGUGGCUGUUAGUCUCCCGCGUGAAGCUCACGCCCGACCGCACCGCGUCGGCGCCGUCGAGCAAGAAGAACGGUUACAAUGACUACCUCAUCGAAGAAGAGGAUGGCAUUAAUGACCACAGCGUCGUGGCUAAAUGUGCAGAAAUACAGAAUGCUAUUUCUGAAGGUGCAACAUCUUUUCUGUUUACUGAGUAUCAGUAUGUGGGCGUUUUCAUGGUUGCUUUUGCAAUUUUGAUUUUCCUUUUCUUGGGCUCUGUUGAGAGCUUUAGCACAGAAAGCCAACCCUGCACCUAUAAUCAGCAUAAGACGUGCAAGCCAGCACUUGCCACUGCCAUAUUCAGCACCAUCUCCUUCUUACUCGGUGCUGUCACCUCUGUCGUGUCUGGUUUCCUUGGCAUGAAAAUUGCAACCUAUGCGAAUGCGAGGACAACCUUAGAAGCAAGAAAAGGUGUUGGAAAAGCUUUUAUCACUGCAUUUAGAUCUGGUGCAGUUAUGGGUUUUCUUCUUGCUGCUAAUGGCCUCUUGGUCCUGUAUAUUGUCAUCAAUCUCUUCAAGCUCUAUUAUGGUGAUGACUGGGAAGGUCUUUUUGAGGCAAUUACUGGUUAUGGACUGGGUGGGUCCUCCAUGGCUCUCUUUGGGAGAGUUGGUGGAGGUAUCUACACUAAGGCUGCUGAUGUUGGUGCUGAUCUUGUUGGGAAGGUGGAAAGGAACAUUCCAGAAGAUGAUCCAAGGAACCCAGCUGUAAUUGCAGACAAUGUUGGUGAUAACGUGGGAGAUAUUGCUGGCAUGGGGUCUGAUCUAUUUGGUUCAUACGCCGAAUCAUCUUGUGCUGCGCUUGUUGUGGCCUCUAUCUCCUCCUUUGGAAUCAACCAUGAGUUCACGGCAAUGUGUUAUCCCUUGCUAAUUAGUUCUGUGGGCAUCAUUGUUUGUUUGAUCACCACCCUCUUUGCAACUGAUUUCUUCGAAAUCAAGGCUGUCAAGGAGAUUGAACCAGCAUUGAAAAAGCAGCUUAUUAUCUCCACUGUUUUAAUGACUGCUGCAAUUGCAGUAGUCUCUUGGAUUGCACUUCCAUCAUCCUUCACAAUUUACAAUUUUGGUUCCCAGAAAGUUGUGAAGAACUGGCAACUAUUCUUGUGCGUUGGUGUUGGGCUUUGGGCUGGACUUAUUAUUGGGUUUGUGACAGAGUAUUACACCAGCAAUGCAUACAGUCCUGUGCAAGAUGUUGCUGAUUCAUGCCGGACAGGAGCUGCCACUAACGUUAUCUUUGGCCUGGCCUUGGGAUACAAAUCUGUCAUCAUCCCAAUUUUCGCCAUUGCAGUCAGCAUUUUUGUUAGUUUUAGCUUUGCUGCUAUGUAUGGUAUUGCGAUGGCUGCCCUUGGCAUGCUUAGCACCAUUGCUACUGGGUUGGCCAUUGAUGCUUAUGGGCCCAUCAGUGACAAUGCUGGAGGGAUUGCCGAGAUGGCUGGUAUGAGCCACCGAAUCCGUGAGAGAACUGAUGCCCUUGAUGCUGCCGGGAACACCACUGCUGCCAUUGGAAAGGGAUUUGCUAUUGGAUCUGCCGCAUUGGUGUCAUUGGCACUCUUCGGUGCAUUUGUUAGCCGUGCAGGAAUUUCAACAGUUGAUGUUCUCUCACCGAAGGUGUUCAUUGGUUUGAUUGUUGGUGCUAUGCUUCCUUAUUGGUUCUCUGCCAUGACAAUGAAGAGUGUGGGAAGUGCAGCAUUAAAGAUGGUGGAGGAAGUUCGAAGACAGUUUAAUACUAUUCCGGGUCUCAUGGAGGGCACUGCCAAGCCCGAUUAUGCCACCUGUGUCAAGAUCUCCACUGAUGCUUCAAUCAAGGAGAUGAUUCCACCUGGCGCCCUUGUCAUGCUUACACCCCUCAUUGUUGGAACCUUCUUUGGUGUUGAGACGCUCUCUGGCAUUCUUGCUGGCUCCCUUGUUUCUGGCGUCCAGAUAGCAAUAUCUGCAUCCAACACUGGUGGUGCAUGGGACAAUGCCAAGAAGUAUAUUGAGGCCGGUGCCUCAGAACAUGCUAGGACCCUUGGCCCCAAGGGGUCAGAUCCACACAAGGCAGCUGUGAUUGGUGACACGAUCGGUGACCCUCUUAAGGACACAUCAGGCCCGUCACUCAACAUUCUUAUCAAGCUAAUGGCAGUGGAAUCACUUGUGUUUGCUCCCUUCUUUGCCACUCAUGGUGGCCUGCUGUUUAAGAUCUUCUGAGAGGGAGUGGAUGAAAAGAAAUAGAGGCGGGAGGUGGUUCAACUUGUCCCGAGUGGGACAGCUAGUGAAGUAGUGAACAAUAAUUUUUGACGAGCUGAUGAUGAUGAUAAUUGCGAUGGUUACAACAACGAUAAUUGUCAUUGUAGUUAGAUGAGAGUUCGGAGCUUGUUUGUAGUAGUUUCUUUGCACUGUUUUGGAACAGAGUUAUUUAAUUCCCUGUAUUGGCAUCUGUUUCCUUGUAAUGAAGGCAGGAGAGCAAGGACGGAAAGGGUUUCUUAAAA